AUGGCAAGUCAAAAUCACCAGCAGUCUCCAUGGUGUACAGUAUACAUUCCCUUCAACAAGUUACCUACACAUGCAGUUGUAGGUGGUGAAAAAAGACACACCAUGUCGGAAGCUGGCCUAGUUCUUAACUAUGACACUGGAAGCCAUUACGACACAGCAAAUCUCGCAUGGGAGCAUAAGCAUCCAACUCCAUAA